AUGCCAGAGACGGGGCCUGGGCCAGCGGAGACAGAGGCGGAGCGACUAACCGCCCGAGCUGACCCUCUGCCCAACUCGCAGCCGGUGAGUGGCCGCUGUGCCCUGGUCGUUAUCCCCGUAAGUAAACUGCAAGUUUAUUUUCAUCGGGGUGGCGGUGAUCUUCCCCCGCUGGAUGGCGAGAUCCGGGUUUUCCCCUACCCGGUAUCUCCCACCAGCACGGCACCGCCCCAGCCGGGACGAGCUCAAAGCUUCCGACCGGUCUCCCAGAAUGUGUGCGGUAGGACUGGACAAGGAAUGGGAAGAAAAGAUCUCUUUCGCAGCCUCGACAACGACAAUAAUAAUAAUAAUAAUAAUAAUAAUAAUAAUAAUAAUAAUAAUAAUAAUAAUAAUUCACCGCUCUGUUUGUUGCAGGAUGCGUGGGGCGGCGGCAGCGGCAGCAGGCCGGCGGCGGGGGCGGGGGCGGAGACAGAGGCGGAGGCGGAGCGACUAGCCGCCCCCGCUGACCCUCUACCCAACUCGCAGCCGGUGAAUCCGGUGACGACCUACCGUCGGCUAGCAGGUUUUCCCCUACCCGGUAUCUCUCACGAGCGCGGCACCGCCCCAUCCGGGACGAGCUCAAAGCUCCCGACCCGUCUCCCGACGUCGGUAGGACAGGACAUGGAAUGGGAAGGAAAGAUCGCGCGCGAUCCGUGUCCCGUUUGUUAG